AUGUACGGAAAGGCGGGCAAGAACAAAGAAGAAGGCGACACAUGGCUUCUGUUCCGAGGCAACAAAUAUGUUUACAUCCAGUGUUUAUAUCGCGACAACACUGAAAUAAGCGACAAACUUAACAGGCUGACUUUAUACUACGAUGAACACCACUUGAUGUCCAAUUUUAUUAACAAAAACUUUGUUGUUCACAGUCAAACUUUGGCCAUUAACGUCACCAAAAUCCUAUCAGCGGAUACUCAAAAUAUUGGUUACAUCAAAUUAGUGGAGACGAAGAAUGGCUUCGAAUGCGAAAGUUUACUGAAGUGCACAUCCAUCGACUCGGGACGACAGCUCGAUGGCAGUAAGGUGUAUAUUACAAAACCAAGUCUAGAAAAGAUGGUGUGUGAUGCGUUGAAAUUGCACGAAGCAGAUGGCCUUCAAAAUAGAGAUUCCCGACCGGAGCUGGUGUACACAUUUAUAGAGCAGGCAGUGCAGCCAGGGUCUCAGGUUGCAUUAAAAUGUUCGGCCGUUGGUGAACCACCUCCUCGGUUUCGAUGGUCACUGGAUGGACAACCCAUUCCUAGUCAUCAUGGGGCUGUAAUAACGGAAGGACGGGAGAGCAGUCCCACGGGAUUGGGUUCUGGGAAUAACUACGUGUUGUCAACCCUAUCGGUGAACAGUGCGAGGGUGGAACAUGGCGGCCGGUACGAGUGUAGGGCUACCAACACACAUGGUAGCGUCGCUCAUGCCGCUCGACUCAACGUUUACGGUCCCCCAUACAUCAGGGCUAUGAGUCUCGUGAAAGCUGUCGCGGGUUCUGAAGUGACCAUUUGGUGCCCCUACUACGGAUUUCCAAUAGAUUCAGUGAAAUGGGAGGGCGGUGCGGGUACCGAUCCUCGAUACCAGCAGAUGGAUGGACAGCUCACGAUCACAAACGUCGAUCGGAACAGGGACAAAGGAAGCUGGACGUGCUCUGUGCUCACACCAGGAGGGGAACUGGCUAGGAGAGAGGUACAAGUGACUGUGGUUUCACCGCCAGUGCUGUCUCCCAUCGUGUUCCCUCCUGGUCUGAGAGCUGGUGAUCGCUCACAACUAACAUGUACUGUAACGUCUGGCGACAUGCCUGUGUACUUUUCCUGGUUGAAGGAUCAGAUGCCUAUCUCCAGUGCUCUUCAGGUGGAUGAAAGAGGAGCAGAGUUUUACAGCAUGCUUCUAUUCAAAAGUUUGACUGCAGCACACAGCGGGAUCUAUACUUGUGUUGUCACCAACACUGCUGGAAAAGCGAACAUGUCCGCUGAACUGGCCAUCAAAGUUCCACCAUACUGGCAGAUAGAGCCUUCAGAUACCGCCGUGCUCCUUAAUGGUUCACUUACUGUGAGCUGUGAAGCUAGGGGUCAUCCCCCACCUUCUAUAUACUGGACCAAGUUCUCUGGUAGUACAGAAACUACUCUUGGUGGAGUAUCAGACCCAGUGGUGCUCACUAAUGGCUCGUUAAGGUUAGAAUCAGCACGAGCGGAACAUUCUGGAAAAUAUCGCUGCAGAGCCGACAAUGGAGUGUCGCCUCCUUUAUCAAAAACUCUCAAUAUACAUAUAAAUGAACCAGCACGAUUUGAAACGCAAUCAGCCAAUGUUACUGCGAAACUGGGGGAUACUGUGAGAUUGGCUUGUGUCGCACGCGGAGAUUCUCCACUUGCCACAGCUUGGAGUCACUCAGGGAGAGCGUUACCUAAUUCAGAUUAUAGAAUGAGCAUAUCAGAAACUAGGAGUGCAGAAGGGUUAAGAAGUGAACUAGUAAUAGAACGAGCUGACAGAAGGGACUCAGGAGUAUAUCGCUGUCAGGCAUCCAAUCCUUAUGGAAGAUCUGAUCAUUUCGUUCAUUUGGCUGUUCAAGAGCCUCCAGAACCACCAGCAAACUUCAGGGUCUUAGAGACCACAUCACGAUCAGUUCGACUGCAGUGGAGAAGACCAUAUGAUGGGAAUUCUCCAGUUUUGGGCUACGUGGUACAAUAUCGCAAGCAUGAUUCCACCAGCUCUGAUUCUUGGAGGGAUGCAGAAACUCAUAAUGUGUCCGUAUCCGCGCAUGCACCGGAGUCUUAUGCUGAAACUGAAAGUGCGACAAUAACUGGUUUAGAACCAGCUACAGCGUAUUUAGUGCGGGCCCGGACAGUGACAGCUCAAUUUGCAUCAGCUCAUACGAGGGCUCUCCUUGCACUUACAUUGCAUGAACCUCCUUCAAGAGCUCCAAUCAGCUUGCGGGCGUCUGCUCCAAGAUCUUCAACUAUUGAACUAGCUUGGCAGCUGAGUGAUGGCAGUUGUUUGUCGGCAGCGACUGAGUGGUUGGAGUGGGACGCACGGGGCAACGGCGGGUCCAAUGUAGGAGCGGGCGCGGAGGUGAAGCGAGUAGUGGGCGUGGAAACGCUUCUGCUUGCGUUGCGGCCUCAUACUAACUAUACUGUGCAGGCGCUUGCGUAUACGGCGGCCGGUGAUGGCGUACCCGCUCAUCCCAUACAUUGUACCACACAACAAGAUGAAGUGGACGCAUCAACCAGUGGUAACUACACGUGUUCAGCUCGUAACACAUUUGGUUCAGAAGAAGUGACGUAUAGGGUGGAGUGCGCCGCACCUCCAGCCGCUCCCACUCUUACCUUGGACCACGCCGCACACACUGACGCACGACUAACCUGGCGGACAACUCACCACCCUGCAGCUCCACCACAUGAAAGUACAUACAACUUGGAAAAAGUCAUAUUAGUACUUGCCAAGUUUCGAUCCCACGAAGACGAUCUUCAUUCCCACGAAGCAGUGGGCACUUUAUGGGCUGAUGAUGAUGAUGAAAGAGAAGGUUUCACAAUCUGGUGGAUUCGUGUCCGUGAUGACACAGGGGAUGGAUUGGAGUCAAUCAGCUCUCGUGCUGAGGAAGAACGAAGACUGGAGACAGGAGGGGAGGCAUCCAGUGUGGUGUUGAGAGCUCUGUCCUGUGGUGCCACGUACUCCGUGCGAGCUGUGGCCCAUUCCAGGGCUGGGUCAUCCCCACCUUCCGUUCCAUUACUGGUGAAGACUAAACCUCCAGAGUGGGAGAGCCAAGCUUCGGCACGAAUGGGUCGGCUCGACCGGCGUGAUCCCACGGCCUCACAGAAUACCGACGUGAAACAACCACAGCAUUGUGUUUCGCCGUUGUUAGUUUGGGAAGGUGGAGGGGAGGAUAGACUUGAAGAAGGAGCUGAAGCUGCAGUUUGGAGUAACAGCAGCGCUUUAGCGUUAGACGCAAGACGAGCAGUGCGUUGUGGAGCCAGACUUGUGAGGCUGCAGUGGCGACGAGCUGACGCUGCCGGAGCUGCAGCGUGGAGGGACGCAGACCUUACCUCACUGCAUCAUCACCGAGAGGUCGUGAUAGGUGGGCUGGCAUCCGGCGCAUGGUAUGCGCUCCGGCUGUGGACUGCUACGGAUUCCGCCCGGCACCAAGCUGUGAUUUACGCGGCAACUACAACACAUUCUGGAGAGCGCCUUCGCCGUCCAGUAGCCUUCCAAUCCGAGGGUGGGCAGAUCAUGACGUCAAACAACAAUGCGGAUACGGAACGAGUGCUGGGAGCCGUGUCACUUGCAUUUGCUGCACUCGCCGGCCUCGCUGUUACAGCGCUGCUACUGGUAUUGGUGGCGAAACGAAGCACGCUAUGGCCUUGUGGAGGUACACCAGAUGAAGAAACGAGGCGCUGCAGUCACUCAGUAGCCAGCACUGAUAAGUCAGUCUGUCCGGAACAGCAAAACAUCAGGAAUUGCCAACAUGAUUAUAAACAUGACAAGCUGUCUCCUGCAUCUGACGUGUACGAGAUAAGUCCGUACGCCACAUUUGCUGUGGGGGGUGAGGCAGCUGCGGCCGCAACUUUGGACCACACGUUGCAGUUCCGAACUUUCGGCCACCGGGACAAUGACGCACCCCCACAUCGACCGUGCAGGAAACACCCACAAAGACAUCGGGAAAGAGCUGAAGAUGACAAUAGAAUGAUAGCGAAUAAAUAUUGUCUGUUGAAUAGUUUGGUAUGUGUAACAGUGGAGAAACACCACUCGGAGUGUGAGCUGCAGCAGCUGAGUCGGUACGAGAAGCUAAGGGUGCGCUGUCAGCAAGUAUGCUUGGUGCAGGCGGGAGCGGAGGCGGCAGCGGAAGCGGUGGCGGAUGCGGCAGUGGUGGCGGCUUAUCUGAAGUGUACGCGGGCGACUCCAGUGCGGAAUCAGGUCCUGGCUCGCUGUCGCCCCGCACACAUCAUGAACACAGCUAGCGCGCAGUCAGCUUGCUAUCCUGCUCAGUGA